AUGACUCACCAUCAGCAAGGCCACGUCUUUCAACACGAUCCGCCCGGGAGCAUCACAUCUGCCGACACCACGAUGAGCUCGGCCCCUGAGCAUAGAAAAGCUGCCGCCAGCGCAGACCUUGAUCCGAAAUUCGACGCUAUGGACAUAACUGACGAUGCAGACGGCCCGGAGAAGGACGUAAGCGACGUGAAAACAGAUCCUCGCGACACGACCGAGCUGGCCGACAAGGAGAAGACGCUACGGAGGGUUACCACCUUCUUGGCCAUCUUCUUGCAACUCCUUUUCCUGGCCGGAUUAUGCAUCAUGGCGGCCGGUGCCUUCGUCUUUAUGGCCCUUCUUACCAUCAUCCCAUGCGUGCGCCCUGCGCCCAACUUCCAUCUUGCCAUGUGGGGAAUGGCAGCGCUGUGCGUAGUCAACGCCUUGGUCUGGCACAUGUUGGACCAGCACAUCCAGGCCCGUGGCAAGUCGAAGCAAGACGGCGGAGCAAGCAUCUCCGGCCAUAUCAGAGCAGGCAUCUCAGGAGGGCAUCUCGGGCCCCAUUAA